CUCAAACAGAAUAUAACGCCAUGACUAGUCACAAGAAAUGUGGAACACCGCUGUUCAAGUCCGGUUCCGGAGGACAUAAAACUCAGCCCCUUCUUCUGUCACUCUAGGCUUUGUUGUUCAAUAACCCGUGCUUCUUUUGAUACAUAUCUUCUCCCUUUUACAUUUGUAUUAUUCUUCGUCACUUCCUUGCUUCUUCAAAAAUGGCUACAUCUGCAAGGGACAUCAAGCCCCAUCAAGAUGCCUCUCAGAGCUUAAACUUCUCUACCUCUCCCACUGCUUCUUUCCAGUCUGCGCCCUCCAGUCAUGGAGGAUCAGUCUUGGGAAGCCGCACAAUUCCACUAGCCAACGCAAAACACUUGAAGCCCUUCGCCACAGAGGAUAUCAAGGUCCUGCUCCUGGAAAAUGUUAAUCAAACCGGCAGGGACAUUCUUACCAAACAGGGUUACCAAGUGGAAUUUCUCAAAUCAUCACUUCCGGAAGAUCAGCUUAUUGAAAAAAUCCGAGAUGUGCAUGUGAUUGGAAUCCGCUCUAAGACAAAGCUGAGUGCUCGCGUCUUGAAGGAAGCCCGGAAUCUCAUUGUCAUUGGUUGUUUCUGCAUUGGGACAAACCAGGUUGACCUCCAAUAUGCAGCCGAACAUGGUAUAGCGGUCUUCAACUCGCCGUUUAGCAAUUCCCGGAGUGUUGCCGAACUGGUUAUAGCUGAAAUCAUCGCCCUUGCCCGUCAAUUGGGUGAUCGUUCGAAUGAGAUGCACAACGGGACAUGGAACAAAGUGAGCAACAAGUGCUGGGAAAUUCGCGGAAAGACCCUCGGUAUAAUUGGUUAUGGCCAUAUCGGCGCCCAACUGUCGGUUCUAGCAGAGGCUAUGGGCAUGUCAGUCAUUUUCUACGAUGUAGUAAACUUGAUGGCAUUGGGUACUGCUCGCCAAGUGUCGACUCUUGAAGGCCUUUUGUCCGAGGCAGACUUCAUCACAUGCCAUGUUCCCGAGCUCCCAGAAACACGGAAUAUGAUAGGACAACGCGAGUUCGAACAAAUGAAGGCUGGUAGUUAUCUUAUCAACGCCAGCCGAGGGAGUGUCGUAGACAUCCCUGCUUUAAUCCAUGCAAUGCGGUCUGGCAAGGUUGCAGGUGCUGCCCUUGACGUCUACCCCAAUGAGCCUGCUGGUAAUGGUGAUUAUUUUAAUCAAGGUCUCAAUGAUUGGGCGACAGAUCUCAGGAGUCUUAAGAACUUGAUACUGACUCCGCAUAUUGGAGGUAGCACCGAGGAGGCGCAGCGGGCAAUUGGCAUAGAGGUUGCGGAGGCCUUAGUGAGAUAUGUCAAUGAAGGUACCACAUUGGGGGCUGUUAACAUCCCGGAGGUUGCUCUGCGGUCCCUGACAAUGGAUGAACCCAGCCAUGCCCGGGUCAUCUUUAUUCAUCAGAAUAUUCCGGGUGUUCUACGGAAAGUCAAUGAAAUCCUUGGUGAUCACAACGUCGACAAGCAAAUGACUGAUAGCAGAGGCGAUGUGGCCUACUUGAUGGCUGAUAUUAGUAACGUCGACAAUAUGACAAUCAAGGACUUAUAUGAAAGGCUUGAAAGCCUUGGAUCUCGAAUCAUGACCCGUAUCUUGUACUAAAAUCCGGUCGUUCUGUCACGCCAAAUUCUACCUCUCGUAGUAUGAAGGGUGCAGCAAUACCGUUUCCAGUGAACAAAAGCAACCGAAAGAAAAGAAGGAAUGAUAGAAUUGAUUGAAAUCCAAGUUCCAGCCGAGGUCCCUCAACGGCACUCGUCCGGUGCAACUGCAACGCUUGAUCUCAAUGCAAGUGUGAAUGAUUUUCAACCUCAGAGACCGGCUUGUAUCUAGUACACUGGCUAUUCCUCACAAAUUGGUCACCACCGCGGUGGGCUAGCCACUGGCCUUAAUCUUACUAGCCAACUUAUGACUUUGUCAGCCUAUCGGCAGCAUGCUAAGUUUCAAGCCCGCUGCUAAGUUCGCCUAAUAUUCACUAGCUUAAUUUUCACCAAUGUGCACAAUUAAGGUAGUGCCUUAACAUGUGUUUUAGGAUCCUUAGAAGUUCGAAGAUCAAUAAUGGACACAACCC